UUUAAAAAUGGCAGCUCUCAAAAGAAAACACGACUUUGAAGGUGCGCUAACAUCCAAUUGUAAAAGCGAAGGCUUGCCUACUAAUGUUUCGUGUUGGCAUUUACAAAACUUAAAAUCUUUAGGUAUUUCAUAUUCCAAAAAUAGUUUUACCUCUCCGUUAGAAGUUUUAGAUAGCGUCCCGUUUAUUUGUAAAGAUGUUUCAGACGAUUGCGAAAGUUUAAUUAAUUACCUUACAGACUGCAUUGAUUUUACGAUAUCAACAAAUAAGCAUGGUAUUAUAUUUGAGGAAUCUCAAGACGAACAUUUUACAAGAAGACGAGAGUACAGAUCUGAUGUUGCGAGAAGAAUGGUUGAAACAAUUGACCAGAAUUUGAAUAAGUUGAAAUUAAAUUACUCCACUUUUGAAGAAGCAGGAUCAAUUUCUAGAGAAAAUAUACCGUUGGUUUAUGCAGCAGCAAUCCACUUUAUUCUUCGAGUUAGAGAAUUUGUUGUUAGAACAUUCAAAGGGGAUAAUGUAGAUGAGCAUUUCUUUACAGAUUUGAUGUUAAAAUUUGGAGAGAUGUUUUGUUUAAUUUCUGAUUCUGGUGGUUCAAAACAAAGGUUUUAUCAAGUUGGUGACAUAAUGGUGACAUCUGUUCCUGAUAUUCGUUACAGUUUAAUUGAUUUAAGAGAUCUUCCCUUUCAAACAGUAGCUGUUGCUUCUGUUGUUAAGGUGAAAAAGAUGAGCAACUGUGUAAAUCAUCCAGAAUCAAUAUCUCAUGGAACUUUAAACUGUGUUAAUGAUCAAUCUACAACAUCAGAUCAUACAGAGCCAUCAUUCAUCCCUAAAGAAAGUGAUACAGCUUCAACAUCAUUAGUGUUAAGAAGUUGUCAGUUCUCAACAACUACAACAGUUUCCUCAACUGUUAGCUCCACAGAAAGUGUAGUACUUGGUUCCUCCUCUUCCAGAAUGAGUGAUUUCAAUAUAAAUACACUUGAUCCAACAAUACUAGGAGAGCAUGGUGGAGGACUUUUGGCAGAAUAUGAAAUUGUUGCUACCCGUCCAUAUGUUAUUGGAAUGAUUGUGCAUGGAUCAAAGAUAAUUGUUACUUGUUUGAAGCUACAUGAAGAUGACUAUAAUGAAAUAAAACAAAACGGUAAACUGCCUGAUGAUAAUUCAGUGAACAUAACUUAUUCAAGACCAUUUGACAUAUUCUAUCCAGAAGACAGAAAGAUGUUGUACAGAAUAUUUUUCAGACUUUCAGACAAAUGUUGUGCUAACUCAUCUUCCAGCUGAAAGCACUUGAUCAAUUAAAACAAAAAGUGAUUCACUGUGCAUAAAGCCAAAGCUAAGUUGAUCAGUUCAUCUCAACAAAGUUAAAGGACAAAAUGGUUACCAUCGGCAAAUAUUGGUGUCCUAGUGCUUAUGUCGAAGGAUAUAUCUGGGGUCUCAUCUCAAUAACUAUAUAAAACAUGUAUAAAUCAUGUAAACAUGUGUUGCUUGGACAUUAGAUUUGUGUAGAGAUGCACUUAAAAGAGUAAGUAACUUGACAGAAGACAACAGUAGUUCACUGUUGCUCAUUCGAUAGUUCAUGGACUCAAAUAGUACUUCCAAAAUCACUUCUCAGUAACUAUUUGCUGUAACAACUUACAUGAAGCGAAAUUGAUUUGUCUUUGUAAUUUUUUCUUAAUAAAAUUUUAUAUUUAAAGGAAUA